CGGGCUUGGCAUAGUACGAUAAGAUACAACCUGGGCAAGACUUCUAGCCUCAAGUAUCCCAUCUAAUUGAAUGAUACAUGGGAUGCGGCUCUCAACAAUUUCUAUUGUGAGUCAUUCAUACCCUUUAUUCCAACUGACCACCAAUGAAGCCGAAGCUACACGGAAUAAGCCGCCACAGAAUGUAACCUGGAUCAUUUAGCGUUCCCAAGGCGGUAGGUGCACGUCAUGGCGAGGCUUUGAAAGCAAUGCCCUAAUCAAGUCCCCUACUCGACCAGAUGGCCGCACUCCCUGGCUCCCCAAAAUGACCCAUGGACGCUGGAAAAGGUAGAAAAUACUGUUCUCCCGCCUAACUAGAAUUGAGGCGCAUUGACCCUCAGUCAAAUGACUCACAGUGAAGGGGAUAUAUAUGUGUGCUCAGCAGGAAGUAACUCUAGCCUCUCCAACUCAGAUUUCUCUCAAUUACAUUGCUCAUCAAGAUGGAAGGGCUACACCCCAACGAGGCAGAGCAGUAUGACCUGCUAGUCGUCGUAGAUGCCACCGCUUCCAUGCAUAGCUUCCUGAAGUCGCUUAACAACUCCCUCCGUCAAAUCAUAUCCAUCUCGGAGCUCACUCGAUGCUUCUCGAGGAUUGGAUUAUUAGCCUAUCGUGACUAUGUCUGCAAAGACCUGCUAGAAUGGUCUGGGUGGUUCGAUACCUCGCUGACCACAAGUGAUACGCAACCCGAUCUACUCGCAAUCGCUGCGUCCCUAGAUACUCAAGGGAAUUAUGACGUCCCGGAAGCGGCUAAGACAGGACUAGCUAAAGCUUACGAAGUCAUGCGGUCAGACGCCAAAACGGUUAUACUCUUCUAUGCAGACGCACCCCCUCAUGCUUGGGGUAAUAACCCGAAUCUAGACAACCGCGGGCCCGACGAAAACCACGGGAGGGAACAGAUCGCUUUAUCAAUUUCUACCUGCUAUGGUGGCUUCGGCCCCAAGUUCAAGGACUGGGUUUCCGCCUGCAACCUCCUACGCGAGGGUGAGAAAAGGGUUCAGGUCUUUUGCAUUCUCGAUCCAUCCAUGUGCCAUACCUACAACCAUGCCUCUGCUAGCUACUAUACCUAUCUUUCCACCAUGACACAAGGGUCAUGUAUUGUUUUACCAUCAGCCAAACCCUCGGCAAUAUCAAAGGUGACUAUUGAAGUCUUGUUGACCUGGAUGGGAGUGGGAAAGCCUGCUGUCGACGAUGUUGGCGAGGAAACAUCUCCGUAUCUCCUGAGCUACCCUGACCUGAAGGGGAUUGAUAAAUUCCGGGAUGAGAGAGAUGAGGAGGCGCGUUCGUACCUCCCAACUCCAGAUUCACACCGUCUUGCUGGAAGUCUCAAAAUGCAACGGUUGUCCCCCUAUAUUAUGCACAAUUCUAUUCAAAAGAAAACCGCUCCCGUCGCUGACUUUACUAAGUCAUGGGCUACCGAUCCAUCGUACCAAGCAUUAGCGGUGAAACACCUAAAGCAAAUUAUCAUAGAAGAUGUUACCGUCAUAGCUGUCAAUGCAAUCUUCGCCACGCUUUGGCGAAACAUUUGUACCGACCGAGCACACCCGGCGCGAUCUGAGUUGCUCAAUGCAUUCAGUUUACAGGUCAGUCGUAUAACAGACCCGGUGGACAGAUCUCGGAUGACAGACUGGCUAGAGGCAUCAUAUGACUACACUGGGGAAGUCGUAGAACUUAUCAACACUGUCCCAGAGACUGAGCGAUUCCCCUGUGUUUGCCUCGAUCCUACUCUCACUUUUACGCACCCCGAUCACGACAAAAAUGAGAAUUACAAGAAGACAACAACGGACAUUACGACCUUCACGAGGGCCGAACUUCUGGAGAUAGGCCGGUCCUGCGAUCCAGACAUCCUUCGCCGUCUAAGCCGUGUUCUUACUCAAUUAACGUACAUUCAGAGUCCAGCAGACCUUCCGGAGCACAUUGCAUCAAUGACGGACCGAGACAUGCCAAGGAUACCUAUCGCUCUCGCAAAAGAGAAGUAUAAACGCAAAUUCUGGCAGAUCCUACUGCAUAUCGUUUGCCCGGGAACUAUGUUAUCUACUCGGCCUUCCAGCGUUCUCGCCGCCUUGGCCUUGAGGCUGGGCAUCACACCUCUACUCCCUGCGGCUGAGAGUCAGCUUCUAACUAUGAAGGACAGAUGGAACGACAUAGAGGUGCCAGAGACUUGGACCAUCUCUUGUAUGACGUUACUCCUUGAUGCUGAUCGCAAGUACCAACAGCGACAGUCAUUAAACCAGACGACAAACGACACUGGAGAUUCUGCAGUAACAGAAAUGCCCACCGUUUUGAAACCAAGCGAUAGGGAGCUCUUUGAAAAGUUGAUCGCGUACCGGUUCUUAGAACUCAACCUCCACACAACCUUUACCGCUCAGAUUGGAUGGAAGCCCGAAAAAACCUUGAUCCCUAUUGGUCCAGUCGUAACCUGCAAGUCCUGUCAUUACCCACGAUCCGUCACCAUCAUGGGUCAUGAUGGACAGUGUGGCGUUUGUCUAGGCAACUCGACUCGCGCGCACUGUAGUGUUACCAAGGACGACACUGACAAGACGCCAGCGGCAUGGGUGGAAUGCCACAACACAAAUUGUAGGGCACAGUAUGUGGUUUACGAUGUGGAAAGUCUACGAGUCCGGCCAAAAUGCCACUACUGCAGAGUAUGGAAUGCCGCAGUUCCCUCUACAAGGGACGAAGUUCCCCUUGCGCCCUAUGUGGAGUGCCAUAGAUGCUUGAGUCGCAUUAUCUGGCCAGAGCCGUACCGUCCCGCUGACUUCGUGGAGGCUGAAUAUCUUUGUCCGGGGUGUACUACAGGACGGCAAACGAUAGUGGACGUGGAAACUUCCGCAGAACAGCUGAAAGAGGAAAACACAGUUCGCUGGUUCAUCCAGGACACUAAACAGCCAAGCGGCCAUACUUUCAGCAACCGAUCGCUCUUCCAUACCGUAUCGAGAAUCGGGCCCGAUAAAUUUGUCGCUCAAAUCAUGCUUUUUCCUGAUACAAACCCGCACCUCACUAUUCGAGGCAAACUGGUUCGGAACAGUGAAUCAAUAAUCUCCAAGCUACAGGACCACGUAUCCCGGAGACGUUCUGUGAAGGUCGCGUGUUCCCUCUGUUUCAGCAACUUCCAUCCCACAGCUCUCAGCUCUGCCUGUAGCCGUCGAGGGUGUCAAGAGCGGAUCUGCAAAGAAUGUCUGUCGCAAUGGUACGGUCUCAACGCCCCUGGCAGGAUAAUCAAUACGGCAGCCUUGUCAUGUCCAUUCUGUCGACGGUUACCCUCCGCCCGUACAUUGGCAAAGCACGGAAUGGGCAUCCACGCCGUUGGAAACCUCCAAGGCGCGAUUCAAGACCGUGGAACAUGGAUCUACGUCUGGUGCCGGUCUUGUGCGACAGCAAAGCCAUAUCUAGAGCGUGUAUGUGCCCAGGGGGCACCUCCCGAAGUCACGAACUGGCGCUGCGAAGAAUGUAUUAAGCCAGGCAAGUCAGCAGUCAAACCAUGUCCGGGCUGUGGAGUCAUGACGGAAAAGAUCAGUGGGUGUGGCCACAUUCAGUGUGAAGUGGAAGAUUGUCAUACUCACUGGUGUUAUUUCUGUGGUGACAAAUUCGACAAAGGUCUCAUAUAUUCUCAUAUGACAGAGAUACACGGUACCAUAUAUGAUCAGGAGGAUGGUUUGGACUAUGAUCUAGAUGAUGAGAACGACAAUUAGAAUAUGUCGAAGAAGGAGAGCCAUGUUUAUAACAGGUGUUCAGGCAUUGAGGCGCCGAUCACGAUAUUUUAUGAGAAAUAGCGAUCUUUUUAUGAAUGGCGGAUAUAUCAUAGCAUCUAUAAUAUCAAGUCAUAUAAUUGUUUUCUGGAAUUACCAACAUAUUCUUUAGGCAAGCUACCCUCAUGGAAAUGAAUUGGGAAGAUGGUUUUGGUGACUACUGGGUACGCAACUGGACUUUUUUAUCUCUGGGUGGAUAAAAGUGUUCAGGAGUUUUAAGAUCUUAACGGUGAUCCGUCGAAUAUAUAUUUCCAAAGACAAGA